ACACCGUGUAGCGAUCUCCAAACGGUCCCGGUCGACAACACCUAUCGCGAGGUCAUCACUCUCAACGGCAGAGACUUUCAGAGAUAUGCCGUCGAAAACAGCAUCUAUUUCGCCCCCGUGGACGAUGACGAGAUCGAGCGGCUUCACUACCAACACGAGCUGUUCAACAUGGUGUUCGAAAACCGAUUAAUAUUUCCUCCCGUGCCGCGGCCUCGGAGAAUCUUGGAGUGUGGAUCCGGAUCCGGGGCAUGGGCGAUAGAAGUGGCAGAGCAGUAUCCCGAAUGCGAGGUGCGUAUGGCAUGUUUUGUGUCAGGUGUAGCCUAUCCAUCCGGGGUCUCGGGCGAGAACUUGUCAACGGUCAUCGGACUCGACAUCUACCCCUACCCGGUUCCAGAGGACAUCCCCGACAACGUAGACUUCCAGGUGGAUGACUUAAACAGUCCGUCGACCUUUCCCUCCAACCAUUUCGAUCUGGUAAAUAGCAGGUUGAUGUCGGGAGGCAUCCACGUAGACAGGUGGACAAACUAUUUGAGCGACAUCUACCGGGUGCUCCGCCCUGGUGGUUGGUGUCAAAUGGUCGAAAUUUACUACAACGCCCAGUCCGACAACGGGACCUUGACAGCCAAUCAUGCGUUGCAAGUGUGGUCCCAGAGCUACUUGCAAAGCAUACAACACUACAAAGAUCCGAGGGUAGCGUUGAGAUUGCAGACUCUGAUGACACAAGCGGGAUUUGUUGAAGUCGAAUCGCGAUUGAUAACCCUUCCCCUGAGCGGGUGGUCCAACGAUCCAAGAGAUCGUGACAUAGGGGUUGCGAACAGAGCAAAUGCCCAUCGGCUGCUAUCGUCUCUUGCCAUGUACCCGUUCUCCCAGGGUCUCGGCAUGUCAAACACCGACAUACAGCUGCUUGUAGCACAGGCCCGGGCGGAGGCUGAUAACCCGGCGUUCAAGGCCUAUUUUCCGGUCUAUGUCUGCAUUGGUCGAAAACCAGGGAGCAGUAGGAGUCAUCGGCACAGCGAGAUUCCCCGAUCACACACGCCGUCGUCGUCCAAAGGCGGGAGACAGAGUGAUUCGAGAAAACGAGCGCGACAUUGA